AUGUCGGCGACUGCGGGGACGCAGCUGCGCGCGACGCAGCAUUUGCGGUGCCGUGCGGCGGCCAACGAGGCGGCCGGCAAGUGGACGCCCGCGCAGCAGCGGCGGGCCGCCUGCCAACGCUCGCUACUGUCGCACCUCUCACACCUGACGGUGUCGUCGCGGCCGGCGCCGCUGCGGCUGUCGGUGCUGGCGGCGGCGGUGCCCGCGCCGGGGCUGCGUGGCGUGCCGGCCGGCGCCGACGUGGCCGUCGUGCCCUCCAUGCCGCCGGCGCGCCUCGCCAGGGCGCUGCGGGCCGCGCGAGACUCGGCCGCGCAGCGCGCCUGCCCCCUCGCGCUAGCCCUCGACCUCGCCGGGCCAGAGUUCCGCACCGGCUCAGUCUACCACGGACCGGAGAACCACGGAUUCCAUUCUGCCAGGCCCUGGACCCUUAUUCUUCUUCAGCUUCAGAAUGAUGGUGAUGUUUGUGCGCGGCUGUGGCAGGUGCUGCUGGAGCCGGGCGCCGAGGUGCGGCUGGCGGAGGACCUGCGCUGCGACUGCGGCGACGGCGCGGGCGACACGCGCCGGCCCGCCCUCGUGCGCCUCGUCUGCCGGGGGGAUCGCAUCCUCAUCGACGACGGCUGCAUUUCGCUCAUCGUCAUCGAGGUGGGCUACAACUACGUGCUGUGCCGCGUCGAGAUGGGCGGCGUGCUGGGCCCAGGUCGGCCCAUCUCGCUGCCCGACGCGGCGAUGGCGGCGGUGGCGGAGGUGGAGGGCGAGGAGGGCAGCCUGUCCGAGGUGGACCGCGCCGCGCUGCAGGUGGCGGUCCAGCUGGGGGUGCACAUCGUGUUCGUGUCGCGCGCGCGCUGCGCCAGCGACGUGCAGGAGGUGCGCAAGGCGUUACUGCCCGCGCGCCCCACUCACAUCUUCGUAUUCGCCAAGAUAGAGGACCGCCAGGGCGUGGAGGCGGCGGCCGACCUCAUCGAGGUGUCGGACGGCGUGGUGGUGUGCCGCGGCCGCAUCGGGCAGUCGCUGACGCCGGGCGCGGCGCUCGUGGCGCAGAAGGCGGUGGUGGCGCGCUGCCGCGCCGCGGGCGUGCCCGUGCUCGUCGCGCUGCGGCCCUCCGACGCGCCAGAGGUGGCCGAGGCGGCCGACGUCGCCAACGCCGUGCUCGACGGCGCCGACGGGCUGCUGCUCACCGAUGGCGUCACCUACGAGCGCGUCGUCGAAAUCUCCGACGUCUGCCGCGAGGCCGAGGCUGCGCGCUGGGAGAGGCUGGAGGCGAACGAGACGCUGAGCCUGCAGCCGCCGCCCACGUCUGCGCCGGCGGCGCUGGCCAUAGGCGCGUGGGAGGUGGCGCGGCUGACGCAGGCGUGCGCGCAGGUGGUGGUCGCCGCCUCCGGCCGCAGCGCCAGGAUGGCGUCGCGCUGCCGCCCCCACUGGCCCGUCGUCGUCGUCACCAGAAGCGCCUCCACCGCGGCGCGCUGCCUCUGCUGGUUCGCGCUGCUGCCACUGCACUACCGGUACCCCAAGCUGCCCACCUGGCCUCAAGAGGUGGAGGCGCGUGUGAGUGCGGCGGUGCGGCUGCUGAGGAACCGCGAGAUAGCCAAGCCGGAGGACAGGGUGGUGCUGCAGUACCCCAGCCACGCGGGCAGCUCCUACUGCGACGCCAUCACCGUCUUCGGGGUGAGCGAGCCCUGGACCUUCCACCAAAGAAGCAGCCCUCCGAUGGAUCAGAGUUGGUGGCGCCAGGUUUCUGCAAAUCCCUUAUCCAGAAAAUUCACUGGAUAA